AUGGGAGUCAACAAAUCCGAGUUCAUAAGGAGUAUACUUCACUUCAGUGAUAAUCACAAAGCUAUUCCAAGAGGUCAGCCAGGACACGAUCGUCUUUAUAAAUUGAGACCUGUUGUGGAGGAGUUGAGAUCGAAAUUCAAAUCGGUUGCACUGGAACAAAAGCUAUGUGUUGAUGAGCAAAUGUGUGCAACCAAGGCAAAGAACUAUCUUAGGCAGUACCUACCGAAAAAACCCCACAAAUGGGGGUACAAGAUUUACGUUUUGAGUGGAGUUAGUGGCUUUGCUUAUGAUUUUGAAAUAUAUACUGGUCAAGGAAACGACGAAACCCUUAGACUUCCAGGUGAGCCUGAUCUUGGGUCAUGUGCCAAUGUGGUAGUACGUCUAACUCGAUGUGUUUCACCACAAAAUCAUCAAAUAUAUUUUGACAAUUUUUAUACCUCUCUGCCACUUAUUGUGCAUCUAGCGAAGAAGAAUAUACAUGCAUUGGGAACAGUCAGAAGGGACAGAAUACCAGGAAACAAACUCCCAUCGGAAACGGAACUAAAAGAAAAAGAACGGGGUUUCUCAGCUGAAAAUUGUGUUCAAGUAGAUGAUGUUGAAGUGUAUUGUGUUGUCUGGAAAGACAACAAGUCUGUAACUUUACUGUCCUCCUUUGUAGGUAUUGGUAAACAAGAGCAAGUUGACAGGUUUUGCAAGAAGAAAAAAGUCAUCCAGAAGGUAAACUGCCCUCAAGUUGUAAAAUCCUACAACCAACACAUGGGAGGAGUGGACAAAAUUAACUCUAUUAUUGGAAGGUACAAAAUUAGAAUGAAAACUAGAAAAUGGUACCUUAGACUUUUCUACCAUUUGUUGGAUGUAACAAUGUGCAAUAGCUGGUUGUUAUAUCAAAGAGUCUGUAGGGACAGGGGUGAUAUCAAUAUAAUGCCUCUUGCAGAAUUUAGAGAAUCUGUCGCUAUUACAAUGUGCAGAUUAGGGUCAAAUAUUACUCCAAAGCGAGGAAGACCAAGCACAGAGCUAGAUGUCGCUCUCCUAACCAAGUCUAAGAAGCCUCAUGUUUCUGCUCUUCCACCCAAAGAAGUGAGAAAAGACCAAACAGGGCAUUGGCCAAUCUGGAACAACAACAGACUAAGAUGCAAGUUACCUGACUGUGAGAGCAGAAGUUAUGUGAAUUGUUCCAAGUGUAACCUUACCUUGUGCCUCAAUAAAGACAAAAACUGCUUCUACAAGUUCCAUAACCAGUAA